AUGAUUUUUAUUAAGGAUAAUUUGGGAAAUAACGUACUGUAAAAAGCUAUAAAAAAUGGAAAUACCAGAUGUGUCAAACUGAUCCUUGACAAAUUAUCAUCUGUCUCAAUGAAUAAUAUUCAUGCUGUUAAAGCAAAUUUCGGGGACCUGCUAGAUUAUAAUGGAUUUGAGGAGUAUCUAAGGCUUUUACCUCAUUUCUUGAUGCUGAGUUCUAUCGUAACUUUUAAGAUCACUCCUAACCAAUGA